GAAACAGACAGAGCUCUCAAUCCAUACAUUUAUUGCUGUAUUUGUCGUAAUAAGAGACUUAUAUUCAAUCUCUUAAUUACUAUAACUUGUGUUUUAGUAAACAGUUUUGUUUACAUCAGAGUAUUAACUAAUUUCUUUAGAGAUAACUCAUUCUCUCUUUCCGUUGUUUACUAAAGCAAUUCAAGUCAUCGUUUCUGACUCUCAAUUGGAGAAUAUAUUCAGUAUUUUCUGAUUGAGAUUUUUCGGCGAUUCCUACCAUUGAAGUCAAAUAAACGUAUCGAAAAUCUAUUAAAUGAUAAAAUAUUUUGAGGACCAACCCGACUGUCCGGCUAUAAACAGCUAUCAAACGGCUGACAAAGCCGUUGAUCGAGAAGCGCCGGAGGGCGAGGAUCAACCUCUGUUUGAUGCAACUCAAGGAAAUGAUCAUUGAUUCCGGUAGACAUAACAUACAGAACCCAAAGUGUAAGUACGAAAAGGCAGAUAUACUGGAGCUGACGGUCGAGUACUUGCAAAACAUGCAUUUCAAGCAACAAAUGGAUCGCAAUGUAACCAAACAGUCGUUUAACGCCGGCUUCGAUGAGUGCCUCAAACAAGUGCAACACUUCAUGAAAUGUCUGCCCUUUUCGGACAAACUCAACCACAACGCCAACAACGGCACCGACACCCCAGAUCGCAAUCAGAUAUCGCAGAAGCUGUUAACACACCUCGACUUCUGCCGACUCGAGCUGACACACAAUGAUGUGGUGGCCGAUGAUGCCGAUGCCCAACGACCCGACGCAUCGGUAGAUAACCAUAACAUGCAUAACAUAGACAUCGACAGGUACUACGAUCAAAAUAUUUUGAACCAGAACACAUUCAGCGUCAUCCAGCACACCAGGAAUUACUCGUCAUCCAUAUCGAGCACAUCCAGCAAUUCCAGCACUCAUACCGUCUCCCCUCCCACAACACCCGAGCCCAGGCACCGACCCAUGGAUUCCACGUCUACCUCCACAUCUCAAUUACCGCCAGAUUUUAUACCUGAGUUUCGGGGUCUGAGAGCUAACAGUGUCGGCCGAUACGAGACUGACCGCAACGGACAGCGAUAUGAGUUGGGCGCUGAUGGUGUUUGGCGACCCUGGUGACCUAUACAUACUUUGCCACCGUUUUGAUGGACUUUUU